AUGGGUAUCUCUUCACCAAUCCAUAAUCGCUGCGAAUGGAGGCAUUCACGAGUUUGUUAUUUAAUGUUAGUGGUGAUAAUAGGAAGCCUUUCGCUCACUGCAUUCCACCAUUUCGAAUAUAAGUACGGCUACGCUACUAUGUGCAAUGGAACUCUCACCUAUGCAAAACUUGUACCUAUUGAACGGGUAAGAUCCCAAGUAAUUUAUUUCCUUUCACCAUGGAGGAUGAUUUUUCCAGCUUGUUCCCUUCAUCUCCAGCCUUCAAGUGCGAGUAGUUACGAUACUCAAAAUGCUACAAAUAAUGCUCGUGGUCAUACUGCCACUCAUCGGAAUUGUUGUGCUCAACUUGAGAAUCAUUAUUGUGCUAAGAAGGAGUAG